CACCUAUUAACUAAGUACCUACUUGCCUACUGCGUGUAAUAAACCAUCUCACCCACCAUUAUCUGUUAUUUGCCAUCCGCACCUCAUCGCAUCUGCAAGCCAGGAGCAGUUAAUCCGCACUAAACCCUUUUCCCAGCUCCGCCCGCCUCCUUGCACAUUCUCUCUCUCUCUUCUUCAAGCAACAUAAUCCUUUUUUCCCCCCUUCUACUAAUAUCUGUUCGUCCUACCUUCGCCGCUCCUACCUCCUGCCACUUAUCACCACUUUUGCUCCUUACUUCUUCUUUUCCUUCUUCUUCUUUCCUAUCUAUCAUCAACCCAUCCGGUCUCUUCCCUUCCAUUACCUGCCUUCAGAUCUUGUAUCUCUGGCUUGGUGUCCGCUCGCUCACUUGCGCCGCGCCGUUAUUACUUCCACUUCCUACUGUACACCAACCCCUACUCCGACGACUUAAUCGACCCCCACCGCAAUCAUGUCCGACGACAAGAAGAGAGACGAUGAUUACAGAAUCGAGAUCCCCGAGAAGACCGGCGAUUCCUUCAGUCGCCCCUUGUCUCCGCUCCGCGUCCCUCCAGCCCGCCAGGGCCUCGCUAUCAGCGAGAAUGCCUCGAUCGCCAUCGUCUCCUACUGCGGUUCCUCCAUUUUGAUGACCGUCACGAAUAAAUACGUUCUCUCGGGCACAGACUUCAACCUCAAUUUCUUCCUCCUCUGCGUUCAAGCCGUCGUGUGCGUUGUUGCCAUCUCCACCUGCAAGAGCGCCGGUGUCAUUACCUACCGUGAUUUCAAGACCGAAGAAGCAAAGAAAUGGUUCCCCAUCUCCGUCCUCCUCAUCGGCAUGAUCUACACCAGCACAAAGGCCCUGCAAUACCUCUCGAUCCCUGUGUACACAAUCUUCAAGAAUCUGACCAUCAUCAUUAUCGCAUAUGGCGAGGUGCUCUGGUUCGGAGGCUCUGUCACUCCCAUGGCUCUUUUCUCUUUCGGAUUGAUGGUCUUCAGCUCCGUCAUUGCUGCUUGGGCCGAUAUUCAGCAUGCAUUGGCUAGCUUUGGCGGUGAAGCUUCGACCCAAGCCAACGAUGCCAUCUCGACUCUCAAUGCUGGAUACCUCUGGAUGAUGUUCAACUGCUUCUGCACUGCUACCUAUGUUUUGGGCAUGAGGAAGCGCAUCAAGUUGACCAACUUCAAGGAUUUCGACACCAUGUACUACAACAACUUGCUUACCAUCCCGAUCUUGCUCGUUGCAUCUUUGUUCGUCGAGGAUUGGUCGUCUGCCAACGUCGCCAAGAACUUCCCUGUUGAGUACCGCAACCGCCUCAUCAUCGCCAUGAUCUUCUCCGGACUUUCCUCCGUCUUCAUCUCCUACACAUCCGCCUGGUGUGUCCGUGUCACCUCCUCUACCACCUACUCCAUGGUUGGAGCUUUGAACAAGCUUCCCAUCGCUCUCAGUGGAUUGAUUUUCUUCGAUGCUGCUGUCACCUUCGCCAGUGUUUCUGCCAUUUUCGUCGGUUUCGUUAGCGGUAUUGUCUACGCUCUCGCCAAGGUGCGACAGAACAGCAAGCCAAAGACAGCUCUCCCCACCCACCAAGCCCCAGUGAGCGCCAGCAGCCAGAGCAUGCGUGACGGACUCAAGUCAUAGGCCCGGUAAUCUCCGAGGUUCGAUAUUUAAUUCUGCAUCAAGGCGCUGGUUGCUGCUUUAUCAUCCCAUAACAGGAGACCGGUUUGGAGCGCUUCUCUCUUUUCACCAAUUCGGUUGUAUGCCUUCGACUCGGGAAGCGAAUUGAAUUCCGCUAGAAAAAUGACAUAUCCACCACUUUUGCACGAGUCCUUUUCCAGGGGGAGUGUUGCUUUCAUGUACUUUUUGUACGUUUACAUUUUUGGUCUCUGAGUCAGAAACAGUUGGAAGAAUUAUCUAGAUAUGGCCGGCGUAUGGACGGAUACACUUGGUGAGCCCUUUUUUGCUCCCUCGCAAACUUAUAUGGAUUGGAGAUGAAUUAGGAGUUUUUUUUUGUUUUUUUUUCCUUUUUUUUUAUCCUAUGGCAUGAUAUCAAAUGCAUUACCAACCAAACUUCAAAUACGAUGUUUCCUUUCCCCUCG